UUCCGAAUUGUUCCUGCACUUAGAGGGAAGAUGGAUAAAUUACUAAAUUAGAUAUUAAAAAAAAAAUCAGAAUGUCUAAGAAUUCUCACAAAGAACAUCUGUCGUCAUAUUUGAUGAAACAUCGUGUGAAGCCUCGGGAAAAUGAAGCAAGGGGUAAAAUGCCUUCCAAAGAGAGCAGGAAGAUGUCAGCAUCAGGAGAAAAGCUGGCUCAGACUAACAGUAAAAUUACUGGACAUAAACCAAUAAAGAGGGGCAAAAUAACAAUCCAGGACAUUCCAGGUGAGAUCAUGAUGACCAUAUUUAGGUACCUGUCACCUCAAGAUCUGAUGCUGGCAUCACAAGUCUGUAAAUCAUGGCACAGCCUGGCUAAUGAUAAUACUCUCUGGAGACCAAUACUAAAGAAGUACUCAGGGACUAAAUCAGAUAGAAGUGACACAGAGGUCAACCCUAAAUCCAUUGAGAGCUUAAAAAGGGACUGCUUGACAAGAUGUGUUCAGCAGAGAAAUAAAAGGGUCUUCAGGCUUUUGAGAAAAAGGAAGAGUCCCUACACAGGUCUCCCAGAAAGUAAGGAGGUGGAACAAGCACUCAGGACAGCUGGUGUGAUCUUUGAACUGGUAAUGAUAGAUAAAGAUGAUAGGGAACAUACAUUAAGCCACCAGGAUGUGUUUUUCCACUCCAUGUCUGUCAGCAUUCGGUGGUUUGCCUUGGAGUUGCCAUCUAUAAAUAGCAUCAAGGAGUUUCAACUGUAUUCAAGGAAUCCUCUCUUUUAUAACCAAGACACUGGGAAACCUGUGAAAGAAGGACCAUAUCAGAGGUCCCUGUUACUCACACAGGAGGUAAAGUGGGAAGAUUGGAGAGGAAAGGCAAUAGGAGGGGAUGAGCUUAUCAGUCUAUACAGCCUACCCCAGGGACUGACUAUAGCUAUGUAUAAGGGAGAGGAGGAGUUGGCCUUUGUUUCGUUUGCCCUGUCUUUGGAUAAUUUGGUUCAGAAGUGUAUUUAUGGAACACCAGAGGAACCAUUUUCAACACCUGAUGAUAAAUGUGUAGAUCCUGGAAUGAGCACAAGGCAUGGUUUAUUGGGGUACCAGUUAACUGUACAGCUUAGAUCCCUGAGGAAGGCACAUUGGGAUGACCAGUUUAGGAAUAUUGACUGUAAAGAUGGAAGCAUAGAUGGAGGAUUUGCCAUCUUUUCAGUUGUACGUCCUGACCAACGAAUAAAAAUAAAUGUAGAGGAUUCCUUGUACCCUUGGAAAACAGAUGCUUUUAAAGGGAAAGUGAAAGAUGUAAUGGUGUUGGAUCUAACCAUGUUGGAUGAAGGAAGCAGUGUUUUUUGGACAGCAAGUUCUUUGGUGAAAAUUGAAAGGAAUAAAGACAUUUCAAAAAUGUUUGAUUUUGACUACCGAUACGAUGGAAUCAUGUCAAUAGAAUAUGCAGAUCAGAAAGGGAAAAUAUAUCUUCAAAUUUGUAAAAUGGACACAGGAGAAAUGUUUCUGACCAAUCUGACUGUAAGAAUUGCCUUAGAGAUAAUUAAUGAAAGAUUUGGAACAAACUAUAAAUCAACUGACAAGUGAUCUGUGAUAGAUUCGGAACAAACUGUAAAUCAACUGACAAAUGAUCCAUGAUAGAUUGGAACAAACUAUAAAUUGUCUGACAAAUGAUCUGUGAUAGAUUUAAUCAAAUCAUAAUUCAUCUCACAAAUGAUCAGUGAUAGAUGAUUCGGAACAAAGUGUAAAUCAACUGACAAAUGAGCUGUGAUAGAUUGGAACAAAUAUAAGUCCACUGAUAUUUGUACUUAUUUAUUCUGUUAUUUUUUUUUUAUUUUACCAUUAAAUCUGUUUUUAAAAUUGUUGUUUUGUGGUUUGCUCAACUUUAGAAAUAAUAUAUAUAGCAAAUUGUAUUCUGGAUAUAAGUGCAAACC